CAGUUUGAAAGAAACAGACUGCUUAGUCACCAUCCUUAUCAACUUCCCCGCUACGCGGAGAUGUCACGUACACAGCGUCAACGCCGGGUCAAAGACACAACCACGCCCAGGCAAAAUGCCCAAGCCCACCAGAACGCAAAUUAACACGACAAAUGCGCCACGCCCAGCACCAUUCCUCUCCCAAGGGCUUGUGGUAGGCGAUGUGGUCUACUGCUCCGGUCAACUCGGCGUAGAUCCGAAGACGGGCAAGAUGGUCGAGGGGUCAGUCAAGGACCGAACACGACAAAUCCUCCAGAACCUGAGCGCCGUGCUCGAGGCAGGAGGGUCGAGUCUCCAGGACGCUAUCAAAGUGAACAUCUUCCUUGCCGACAUGGCCGAUUUCCCGGCCGUCAAUGAGGUGUACGAUAGCUUCUUUGUUGAUCCGAAGCCUGUUCGCACAUGCGUCGCCGUCAAAACGUUGCCGGCAGGCUCUGACGUUGAGAUUGAGUGCUCUGGUCUGGUGAGGAAGGAUCGUUCUUCCAAGCUGUAGACUGGGUUCGUUCUUGUUGUCUAUAUAUACCUAUAUACAAUGUACAUCCUACAUCCUACAUACGCUCUUCCUUCGAACGAAGGAAAGAUCUACAGGAUAGACCUACUAAAAAUAUACUCACUGUACAUUGUCG